ACUCGAAAGAAGAAGACCCACUCAUCAGACUUUGACAGUUCGUGAGACGCCUUUUACCUGGAUUAACGGAUUGAAAUACAGCUUUAAAAAUGAUUCCAAAGUCAUUCAGUGACUGGGGGUGUAUGAAGGACCCUGAGAGGGUCCAAGAGAUCCUGCAGUCCAUGCGCAAGGCUGGCUCCAACACCCUGCAGGUGAUCUCAGAUUUUGACAUGACCCUUACAAGAUUUGAAUUCAAUGGGAAAAGAUGUCCCACUUGUCAUAAUCUUCUUGAAAACAGCAGUAUCAUCUCCAGCGACUGCAAAGCAGAGCUGCAGGAACUGGACACCAAAUACUACCCCAUAGAGAUCGACACCUCGCUGUCAGUGGAGGAGAAGCUGCCUCAUAUGGUGGAUUGGUGGACAAAGGCUCACGAUCUGCUGGUUAAUCAGAAGAUUAAGAAAGAUCAUUUAACCGCGGCGGUGAGAGGGUCAGGUGCCAUGCUGAGGGAGCACUAUAAGCUUUUCUUUGACCACCUACAUGAGCACAGCAUCCCCCUGCUCAUCUUCUCUGCUGGAAUAGGAGACAUCCUGGAAGAGGUGAUACGCCAGGCUGGGGUCUUCCAUCCCAAUGUCAACGUCAUCUCCAAUUACAUGGACUUUGAUGAGUCUGGAGUGCUGAAGGCUUUCAAAGGAGAGCUGAUUCAUGUCUACAAUAAAAAGGAAAGUGCGCUGCUGAAUACCGGCCAUUUCCAGGAGCUGCACACACGACCAAACGUGCUACUGCUGGGAGACUCUCUGGGGGAUCUAAACAUGGCUGAUGGAGUUCAGGACCAGGAGAACAUCCUCAAGAUUGGGUUCCUUAAUGACAAGGUGGAGGAGAGGAAGCAAUCAUACUUGGACUCGUAUGACAUUGUGUUGAUAAAGGAUGAAACUUUGGACGUCCCUAAUGCAGUUCUUCAGUAUCUCACUGGCAGUGAUUGAACUGUGACUUGUUCACUGGUUAUUGGACACUCUGGGACCAUCAGCUGAGGAGGCCAUGCUGGCCCAGAAAGUCCCCGUUGGUUUCUUAUUGACAACCAGCUGAGAAUUUUUAAUUAAAGUUUACAUACGCUUGAAUGAGUCUGAGUCAGGCAUAAACUGCCUUGCCAGGAUACCCACAGAUCCAGCUGACAGUUCUCCAUGAGGUUCAUUUUAUGACAUGCUGUGUUAGUUUUUAUGCCACAUGUAACGGGACUCAAAUCUUCCAAAACAUUUCUUGCCUCAUCAAUCCACAGAACAUUUUUCCAAAAGUUUUGGGGAUCCUCAAGAUGUUCUUUGGUUAAUGUGAGUUAUUUUUCCACACUGGGCCAGGUAGCUUUGGCUAACCUUUUUCCCUUUAAUAAUGACAUUCUUUCAAAUCUACAUUUUGUAUUUGCUCAGGUUGUCUUUUGUCUGAUAUUAAAAUUUGUUUGAUGAUCUGAAGCAUUUAAGUGUGACAAAUAUGCAGAAAACUAAGAAAUCACAAAGGCACUGUAAGUGGCAGCACUUGAAUUAGUAUUUGUUCUGUAAAUGUGGCUUCUGCUCUCUUACAGUAAAGCUCCUUUGUAGUGAUUUUAAUCUGAAAGCAGAUAUUUAAAAAAAUAUUUCAACUGGUUUUAGCACCACAGCGCUAUCCAGUGGUGAACUGUAGACAUAUUUUUUUCAGAAAAAUAAAUUGAGAACAAAGUUCUUAGCAACUUAAAGUUACUAAGAGGUCAGUGCUUUGUAAAAACUGUUACACUGGAAGUGUAACAAAAUUGGCAAAAAAAACCCCCAAAAUAUCAGGAUUUUAAUUUUUUAAAUUUUACAAAUGUGUAAUUUUCGAACCAUCUCAACUUUGCCUCUGAUUUUUAAUCUUGUCCAUUCUGGUCACUCAGUGUAAAUCUUAGCAUCUUUGACUCUGCCACCUCUUGUCUUUUUGUCAGUGUCCCCAAACCAUACAUCACGGCAGGCCUCACAACCACCUUGUAAACCUUUCCUUUCACUCUUGCUGCUCUCCUGUCACAAAUCCCUGACACUCAUUUCCACCCUGCCUGCACUCGCCCCCUUCACCUCUCAUGCAUAUUCAAAAAAAAUAUUUUGUUGGGCCAUCGUAUGCUGAACGUGCCGUCCACAGUUUAGGAUUUGUUAUCUCUCGCCUAAAGACUGGCUGUGGCUCAGGAGGUAGAGCAGGUGAAUGAGACAUUCAUUUCCUACAUGAGUGCUCAUGUAGGAAAGUCAUUUACCUGCCUAGAUUAAGCAGAAUUGAGGUAAACCUUAUUAGUGUGGCCCUCCACAUGAGUUCCAGUUUCCUGUGUGGCCACUUGGAAAAAGUAAAUGCUCAACCCUGCUCUGAUAGAUGACUUUAAAAUGCACCUGUCUGUAUAUGACCAUAGUGUAAGGAAAGAAAGUUAUUGUCUUUUUAUCAUAAAGGUUUCUUGUAUGUUUCACAACACACUGAAAGUUUUUUUUUUAUAAAAUAUUUUUUAUUGUACAUGGGAACA